CUGUGUCUCCCUCCAUAUCUGUCGUUGUGCUGGCCGCCCGUGCGAUCAUUGAUGUGUCAGAGCCGGCGGGUUGCGCAGGAAAGGGGGGCAUCCUGAAGGACUCGCAACAUAUUUGCCCCCCCUAAUUGCUGAUCAGCAGAAUGGACAAGCGGGGGAAAGGGGCAGGUUUUGUGGAAAUCUAAGUCAUUUCCUGUUCAGGAUCAUUUCCUGGUUAAGACCCAGUUAUCAGCUGCUGUGCUGUUCCCAUACACAGCAUUCAUCUAAUUCUUCAUGGAUCUAAUCGCUACAAAGAAGCAUCUCGAUCUUCUACAAGCUUGGUGCAUUUAGGGCUUGUCUGUAAUGCAUGUGUUUGGGGAGCACACAGAUCACCCAUUUCUGUAGCUUUUUAGGGGUUAAUCCGAAUUUACCCCUCUGAUGUACUAUUGAAGCGUAAACCCUACGUUAUUUGUCAACCGAAGGGCUGACACCCUAUAUGACAUAGACAAAUAUCCGCCUUUCUCCUUGUAGAAUACACUCCUUUUUUUGUUUUCUUCCAUUUUUUUUGUAGAUUACGGUUUUUAGGCUGUGAUCCUCAAUUGAAUGAAUUUGUUCACCUAAUCUAAGGGAGAGGCUCGUUUUCUUGGCUGAAGCCUUUUUUUGGGGGCGUCCGUAACAUGAAGAAGUUUUUUGACUCCCGGCGUGAGCUGGGGGGAUCAGGAUCUGGAGUCGGUGGUGGGUCAUCCAGCGGCCUGGGGACCGGUUACGUCGGACGAGUGUUUAAUAUCGGCAGACACCAGGUGACGGUGGACGAGGUUUUGGCCGAAGGUGGAUUUGCCCUUGUUUUUCUUGUCCGGACCGGCAAUGGCAUGCGGUGUGCACUGAAGCGCAUGUAUGUGAAUAAUGAGCAUGACCUCCAGGUGUGCAAGAGAGAAAUUCAGAUCAUGAGGGACCUCUCCGGACACAAGAACAUUGUUGGGUACAUUGACUCCAGUAUUAAUUCUAUGAGCGGUGGGGAUGUUUGGGAGGUCCUGAUCCUGAUGGAUUUCUGUCGAGGAGGUCAAGUUGUCAACUUGAUGAACCAGCGGCUGCAGACAGGAUUCACGGAGAAUGAAGUUCUCCAGAUCUUUUGUGACACGUGCGAGGCAGUGGCCCGUCUCCACCAGUGCAAGACUCCCAUCAUACACCGGGAUCUCAAGGUGGAGAAUAUCCUACUACAUGACCGUGGACAUUACGUGCUGUGUGAUUUUGGGAGUGCAAUAAAUAAAUGCCAGAACCCACAGACCGAGGGGGUCACCACAGUAGAGGAGGAGAUAAAAAAGUACACUACCCUCUCCUACCGCUCCCCUGAGAUGGUGAAUCUUUAUAGCGGCAAAGUGAUCACCGUCAAGGCCGAUAUCUGGGCCCUGGGCUGUUUGCUGUAUAAGCUCUGCUUCUUCACUCUGCCAUUUGGAGAAAGCCAGGUUUCUAUUUGUGAUGGAAAUUUCACCAUCCCAGACAACUCUCGCUAUUCUCAGGACAUGCACUGCCUCAUGCGGUAUAUGCUUGAGCCAGACCCAGAUAAGAGGCCAGAUAUCUACCAAGUGUCCUAUUUCGCCUUCAAACUAGCAAAGAGAGAAUGCCCUGUUCCAAAUGUGCAUGACUCUGUGAUCCCCGCAAAACUCCCAGAGCCGGUGAAAGCCGGUGAAGCAGCUGCCAAGAAAACAACCCCUAAGGCCAGACUAACAGAUCCAGUUCCAACCAUGGAGACCUCUAUAGCCCCAAGACAGAGGCCUAAAGCUGGACAGACGCAACCUAACCCUGGCAUGCUUCCCAUCCAGCCAGCUCUAACACCUCGGAAAAGACCAACCGUACAACCAGUGACACCCAGUCCAGGUGUAGUUCCAGGUGUUCAGCCCCCCACGGCUACGCCUGUGCCGGCCGCUGUGAAACCUGGUCCGCAGCUACAACCGCAGCCCAAAGUGGCACAGCCUGCACCACAGGUUACCACACCGGUUACCACGGCCCAGCAGCCGGCUCCAAUGCCGGCACCAGCUGCAGUGCCUGCGUCUCACCAGCAGCAACUGUACCUGAAACAGCAACUCCUGCAGCAGCAGCAGGCGGCGGCUCUUUUCCAGCAGCAGCAGCAGAUGCUGCAGGCUCAGCAGAUGCAGGCGAUGCAGCAGCAGCAGAUGAUCCAGGCGUAUUACUUGCAGCAGCAGCUAUUGGCACAGCAGGCUGCCAUGCAGCAGAAAGCAGUAGUGCCGAUACCGGGGCCUUUGCCAGCGCAACCGCAAACCAUACCUACCGCUGUUCAGCCCUCAGCUCCUCCGGAACAAGCGAUUCAAGCUCCAGUAAGAACAAACCAGAAGCCCCAGGCAGUCUCCGCUCAGCCCUCUGUAGGGCAAAAGCUGGGCUCUCUUACGCCUCCCUCGUCACCCAAGACGCAGCGUGGUGGACACCGAAGGAUUCUCAGUGACGUCACACACAGCGCCGUCUUCGGUGUCCCUGCUAGUAAAUCGACCCAGCUCCUUCAAGCAGCAGCUGCCGAAGCAAACCUCAACAAGUCAAAGUCAGCUACAACUACUCCUUCCGGCUCUCCUCGGACAUCUCAGCAGAAUGUCCACAACCCACCUGAGUCUUCGGGAUGGAAUCCUUUCGACGAUGAUAACUUCUCCAAACUCACUGCUGAGGAGCUCCUGAACAAGGACUUUGCCAAGCUGGGAGACAAUAAACCGUCGGAGCAGCUCAGCAGCUCAGCAGAGGACCUCCUGUCUGGGUUUCCAGCUCCCCCUGCUGUGUCUCAGGCUGAUUCUUUUGGACCUUCUCUGUUUUCCAGCGGCACAGCUGUGGAUAAACCUGCAGAUGCGCAGGGGCAAGAUCCCAGCCCUCCGCUGCACAAACCAUCUGACCCCUUCCUACCUCUUCCUCUGUCUGACACACCAGAGAAAUUGAUUGAGGGUCUCAAAUCUCCGGAGCCCCAACUUCUGCUCCCCCAUCUUGUGCAGCUGGCAGAUCCUUUUGGCAGCACCUCUGACGCUUUGAAUGGCAAGUCAGAGGUAGCCGUUGAGAGCCUGAUUCCGGGGCUUGAGCCUCCAAUGCCCCACCGUCUGUCAUCCCAGGCAGACUCCAUUGCUUCGAACCGCACAGAUUCACUUACUGGAGAAGAUUCCCUCCUCGACUACUCCCUUCUCUCUAACCCUACAGCCGACCUUCUCGACGAAUUUGCACCUGUAACGCUCUCUGCUCCAGCAUCUGCAGACGAUACUAACCUCUUAACGGGCUUUGAUAUUCCAGAAGAUACUGAAAAAAGGGCUGAUGAUGAAUUUGAUCCUAUUCCAGUUCGGGUAUCCAAAAACUCCCAAGGCCUUCAAAGAGACCCUCAGACGUUUCCACUUGGGAGUGAUGCGCAUCUUAAAGUAGCCAGCUCUGGAGGAUACACUCUGUCUGACGGCACACAGAUUCUAGAGCUAAAGACUGAUGUUCCUUCAAACCGUCCGUCUAGCUGCAGUUCCUUCCAUAGCAGUGAAGGAGAGGGGACUGACCAUGAGCCAGACCUGUUGGAUUGCAGUGGGUCUAGGCCUCUGUUGAUGGAGUCUGAUGAAGAAGAUGCAUCAAAGAAAGUCAAGGAUGCUGUGUUUGCAAGUCCCCAUCCCAAUGUCAUUCUAACCUCAAGUUCUCAAGUCCCUGCACCAAAAGGGGGGGCGGUUCAGCCAUCUGCAGAAGGGUUUUCCCAGGGCCUAGAUGUAUUUGCCACUGCUCCCUUUAGAUGUUCCAAGGAAUCACUGAAUGAUUCUGAUGUUUUCACCAACGCUCCUUUCGUGGCUAAAACAACUCCUGUACUGGACCACAAGGAGGAACCUGAUGUUUUCCUCCGAGCCCCAUUUUCUAGGAAAAUAAGUGUGGAAGAAACCACACCAAAUGCUUCGCCCCAUGUCAUUCCAUCUCUUGUAGGCCUUGAAACAGCAACAAUAGGUACACUUGCAUUCCGAAAUGUAGACCUGGGAGUGGGAACUCCUUCCAUGAAGACCUCAUAUACCACUGGAAACCUCUAUGUACAUUCCAGCCGAACAGCUGAGUCCGCUUACUUUCCUAACCCUUCAAAGGAUCCGCUCAACUUAGAGAAUCACAGGACCCCAGGACAUGAGGCUGCCCAGGAGACUGUGUUUGGGACUGUAGUCACAAAGCCUUUUCGACCCCAAUCACUCUCUAAGUAUUCCCGACACUACAGCCCUCAAGAUACACAAAAUGUGGAUGCCCAGCCCAUUGCUGCUUACAAAGUGGUGUCUCAUGUGGCAAAAGCCUCUGUAGCUGGGUCUGUUCCUAUCUCCCCUGUGACUUACAGAAAUUCAGACCCAUUUGGCGCUGCCCCUUUCCCUGCAAAAUCUAGCAGACAAAAUAAAUAGGGGGAAAUUAUCUGCUUUGGGCUGCAUUUAAUAAGCACCCGCAGAAGAUGCCCCAGCUUUCGUUCCCACCCAGGGUAAUUUACAUGGAAGGUUUCAGUACCUUCCCUGUUCAUUGCCAUAGAAACAUUAAAUAUAUACAAAAUGAAAACUCUUAUUUUAUGGGAGUUCCAUGUGUUUGUCUCCAGCUUAAGAGAUGGAGCUGUACUUAAGACUGUCUUUCUGCAGCCGAUAGAAUCUGUCCCAUAAAGGAUUACUUAGAAACAGUCUGUCAAAUAAAAGCUAUCCUAUGCAGGCACUGGAGUGACAGCUUCCUGUUUAAUAAUAAACACUAGGAAUUACGUUUUAUGUCUUUAACCUCA